CUCCGCCGCCUGCAGUUGGAGUUCGGCCGCCGGUGCGUCGCGCCUGGGGGAGAUUUUUCGCACCCGGAGCGGUUGGCGAGAGCGGAGCAGCGUUUCCCCCUCUGCGGCGUUCCGGCCUUGGCGCCUGGGAAUCGUUAGCCGCCGCCAUCCUGGAGGGAUCCGAGGCCCCCGCGAUGAAGAUGCCGAGCUCCCCCUGGGCUCGCUUCUAUUCCAACAGUUGCUGCUUGUGCUGCCAUGUCCGCACGGGGACCAUCAUCCUGGGCAUUUGGUACCUGAUAAUUAAUGCAGUGGUACUCCUGAUUAUACUGAGCGCCUUGACGGACCCUGGCCAAUACCACUUAACGACUGCUGAAUUAGGGAGUGACUUUGAAUUUAUGGAUGAUGCCAAUAUGUGCAUUGCCACAGCCAUUUCUCUUCUCAUGAUUCUUAUCUGUGCAAUGGCCACAUAUGGAGCGUAUAAGCAACAUGCAGCCUGGAUCAUCCCUUUUUUCUGCUACCAAAUAUUUGAUUUUGCACUCAACACCUUGGUGGCUAUCAGCAUUCUUGUUUAUCCAAGCACCAUUCAGGAUUACCUGCGGCAGCUGCCGGCUAACUUCCCCUACAAAGAAGAGAUUAUGUCUGUGAAUUCCACCUGCCUAGUUGUGAUUAUUCUUCUUUUUAUAAGUAUCACCUUGGCUUUCAAGGCUUAUCUGAUCAGCUGUGUAUGGAAUUGUUAUCGAUACAUUAAUAACAGAAACAACUCUGAUGUCCUGGUCUACAUUACCACUAAUGAUACAGCGGUGCUGUUACCACCAUAUGAUGAUCCUGCAAAUGGCGCUGCGAAGGAUCCCCCGCCACCAUAUGUGUCUGCAUAAACAUUGUGUGCGGAUCUACCUAAAGAAUGAAUAGCUUUACUUCUCAGAACAACUGAGCAAUAGAUAAUUUCAUUUUCCAAAUGGAAGUGUAAUCUCCCAGAUUUAUUUACCCCUGUUUUGCUUUCCAUAGAGAUUUUUGAAACCAUAUGCUGUUCACCUAAAACAAUACUGAUCUGACGUCAGAACCAUCUUGAUUUAUUUAGGGAUAUCGUAGUCACGUUGUGGGUUUGCUUUUUCAUGUCUUCCCUUGGAAACCUAGAAGAUCUGUAGUUUAUACUCCAAUCAAAUGUGGAGGGUCAGUUUUUAAAAAUCUUUUGAGUUUGCAGUUUAUUAGAAGCAGAGUCCUUCAUACCUCAUGAUGGGUUGGAUUUAGUCUUGCCUUCUCCAAACAGAAAGGGUCUCUCUAUUCAGGAAAAAGACUAACAGGAUUCUAGAAGAAGCUUCUUGCAGGGGAAACCAUUUUGCCAGUUCCUUUUAUCAGAGGAUAGGUAAGCUGCCUUUUUUUGUGGGGGAACUGUAGCUCCCCAGAUCUCCCAGCUGGUAAUAGCAAUUAUAAAGAUAACUUUUUGGAUCUAUUCCCCCCCCC